CGUGAAUGGAACGCAAGUUACUCUCUGCGCACAUAAAAUUACUGUUAGACGCACCAGAACAUCUGUGGAGACUUAUCGAAAGGAAGAAAUACUUCACUGCUGCGUGGUUGUUGCUUCUUUCGCGCGUUGUGCAUCGUGCAUUGAUACAACACGACCAACAAGAGGAGGAGACUUGGACUAGUCAAGGGCUGGAUGCACUGGUACGUUCUGCAUAUUGGACCCAUUUUCUACGCUCAAGUUCCAUAUCAUCAGGACCAAUUUCCUCUCAUACAACGACAAUGGGAUGCAGUAUCUCAGUUCCGUUCUCAGAUUGUGCACAAAGCCACGAUGUCCCUGCGAGAAUAUGACACAUCCUCGUCCGAUACAUGUGCCACCCUGCUUACUUUGCAUCUGUUGGAUUCGCGUCCACUUACAGAGACAUUAUCUGUCUUUUUGGAUCAACGGUCUAGAUCACUUCAUACGGCGAUAUCGUGGGGCCAGAGAAAAAGGUCGGUCUCGCCCUCUUUGCCCCAAGCGAACGGACACAUUCCAGAAAUGAACAUGGUUAGCCCUAAGCACACUGUCAAGCAAAUUAAGGAUGCCGCUCGGGUCGCGCUAGACACCAUUGCCUUGACCAUCAAAACAGCCAGAGACGUCUUUGAAGACAAGGACUCCCAGAAGUCCAUGGUUGCAUCUGUAUUGGAACACAUACAAUCCGACUCUGUCCUGCCUCCUGCCCAGAAUGCACUUCCUGCAGAACUUCAAUUGACGACACAGGCUUUGUUAAUGACCUUACCAUCAUCCACUCAUUUCAUGUUCCUCCCCCAGAAUUUGAAAUCUUAUAAGCCUUAUGUCGAUCUCGAUUCAUCAUCAUCGCGCGUUCCCCCUUCACAUCUUAUUCAGAAAGUUGAGGACUGGUUCAAGAAGUCGUCACAAAAUCUCCAGAGCGCUCUUGAUCGCUGGUUUCUGGAUGUCCCCUCUGUCAAGGAUGUCUGGAGCUUGCGAUCCACAGUUCGCAAAUGGAUAUAUUCGUCCUCAAGUAUGAAAGAGCAGGAGAUAGAAGACACAAAUCUCAUUUUUGAUGAUGUCUGCCGGAGACGAAUUGCAGAAAUCUGGAAAGCCUCCUUAAUCAGCACCCAAGCGUCCUUCGGUGCAUCUCUUUCGGCAGUAGUACUAUCGUUUGGUGAAAAUAUGGACGCGCGGAUAGACAAUUUAUUUCGAACGCCACCUUUGCCCGCGGCUUCUUUUGGACCUAUGGAUGCUUCAUUCCAGAAGUAUAAGAGCACAUUGCGAAAGCAGCUUUUGGGCAGGACAACACUGUUGGAUGACGUGCUCCGGAUUCUUGAAAACUGUGCCCGAUCUAUCCAGCAUGACUUGUCUCAAGUGCUGACUGGGGAUAAUUCAAAUGCUUUGGUUACCCGCCUUCGGAACGAGUAUCGACCGCAAGCUGCGACGUUGUGUUUCGGAGUAGUUGACGCUCUUAACAAUGCUUCGGAAAGCAUUACUGACAGUUCACGACUUGUAUUUGUCGCUCAGCUUGCAGACGAGCUCGCCACGUACUCGAGCUUUGUCACCGACGUAUCUGUCGGUGUCGGUGUGGAGAAAGAUUUUCGUAACAAGGUGAAGUUGUGUCGCGACGAUAUCGUCGAUCGUUGGCGUUCAUAUACGAUUUCGAACAUAAUAUCUACUCACUGGCAUCGGUCACUCCCUCCCAUACUUCCGUCCUCUCCUAUGUCAACUGUUCCGUCCCCAGAUCUAAUGGGCGCGUUACUUUCAUUGACACACGCAAUGCAGGAAUUGGGAAUCUCUCGCGACCUAAGGCGUCAAAGUAAUCUUGUUGACUGGACCCUUCAAAUAUUCAUUGCGCAGUUCCUCCGGAAUCGUUUUGACGCCGGCAGUAUCCAAACGUUGUGUGAUCUUAUAUUUCUACAGAAACUGAUCGACGUCAGGAUGGGAAGCGACUGGACAGAUGUUCGCCAACUCCUGGAUGAGAAAGCUGUGCACAUCCGUGAGACGGUUGUCGAGUUACCAAGCCAAGAAGAUAUCGAGCGCAGUGUCUCUGAUUAUAUUGCUCGGACUCAAGUGCUCUUUGGCAUUCUUUUAAGGAACACUCCAUCAUCAUUGUCGCACAGCAACGACAAGCUCGCAACGCUUCUACCGUUUGGAUCACCGCUUUUAGAUCAGGCUUUCCAGCCCGCGAUAGAUGUGGCGAAAGCAUCAUCUCGCUUCGGUCUGCUUUUAGUAGGAUGAGUAGUAGCCCUAGUGUCGUAACUAGAGGCUUAAAGCAUGAGUUCAACAACAAUGCAUUUGGUUUAUUUAAUGUCAUGAUCUUGGACACUGCAC